AUGCUAGGAGCUCACGGCGGCGACGGCGAUGGGAGGGAUCCGCACCGAUCGUGGUGGAAGAAAAUAUCAGGGUGCAAAAACAGCGGCUCGAAGAAAACACCACCACCACCAAGAGGGGCAGCCAAAAAUCUAAAACUUGAGGCUGCCUUGAAGAAAAAUGGAGGCCCGUUACCCAUGUACUUCGACUACAAAUCAAAGACCUUUCAGUCGAUCGGGGACUACGGGGCUAUGUACAAAUCUUUGUUAGGCUCGUUGAUCGGAGAUGUCCCCCAGUACUACGAGUCAUGGGACGAUGUGCCUGAGUCUAUGAGGGACCAUAUCUUGGAGGAAGUACAGCGCUAUUUUGCGAUGGACCAGUACUUAGAGCUUGAUGAGGACGACCCCACCCGGAAGGCAGCAAAACUGGCUUUCCGUGCUGAUGCAGCUAGCAUAUAUAGGCAGAGAAAGUCAAAAUUCAAAUCUCAGCAUUUUACAGCACGGGGGGGUGUAGGCUCAGCAGAUACCCUGCAGACAGCACCGCCAACUGGUAUGGACCCGGAAGAGUGGGGAAAACUAUUGAGUUUCUAUACGAGGGAUGACCGGGUGAAGCGGGCCGAGACAAACAAGACAAACCGGUCCAAACAGGCGGUGGGGACUCAGGGUCGGCGAUCUAUUUCUCUUGCCCACGAUCGGGCGUUGGCCAAGCACCAUAACGAAAAGAAGGAGGGGCCACCCCCCACGUGGGAGUCGACUUGGGCGGCAACCCACAGACUACAACCUCCGGAAGUUGCGUCCCGUCUGGAAGCUGUGCAGCAGAGACAUUCACAGGAUCCUGCACCGACACCUCCAACGCAGUUGUUCCCGGAAGCGUUUGGAUCGCGAUCCGGACAUCAGCGCGGACUAGGGAGGAUUCUCAGGGGUUUCGGAUCCCAUGAUUUCCCUGGUGAGUUGCCGCAACCACAUUAUGGACCUCCGGAAGGAUCCUCCUCCGGCCCGCAUGCAUCCUAUUCUGGCCCCUCUGCAUCCCAACCUUCCGGCUACCAGGUUGACUUGAACCACCCUGGUGAUGACUAUUUCGACCCCCGCCAGUUAUGGGGUGGGAGAUCGGCGCAUUUUGGACCUCCAUCAGGGGAUUUUGGUAGCUUCUCGGAUAUGAGUGGAUUUUUUAGUGGGACAGGCUCUGUAUCCGGACCAGGUGUGGGUGAUGAUAAUGCCGGUGAGGACGACGACGAUUCCGAUGAUUAG